UGUUGUGUGUAGCUGCAUGCUACAUAGCCUUGUGUUGCUGCUGUUUGCUAGCCAGAUACUUCAAAUCGGGUUCUCCUAAGUUAAAAAUUGUCAUCUUCACAGAGGAGGUGCCGAUGCCUUUUGUAAAAUAUCCCAAGAAUGUUGAACCACCAUGGAAAGGUUGGGACAGAAAAGCACAGAAGUCUGGCCUGAGGCACACAGUUUACAGUGUCAAUGGGGAUCAAUACACAGGAGAGUGGCUUAAUAACCAAAAGCAUGGCAAAGGCACUUAUGUAUGGAAAAGCUCCAACAUCAUUUAUGAAGGAGAAUGGAAAUGUGGCAAAAGAAGUGGUUUUGGGACAUACAGUGUGCAAGACCCCAAUACUGGAGAAUAUGUAAAGGUUUUUUCUGGAUCCUGGAAGAAUGACAGAAAACAUGGCUAUGGGACUCAUUUCUACACAGAUAAGGAGUAUUAUGAAGGCGACUGGAAAGCUGGACAAAGAAGUGGCUGGGGCAGAAUGUACUUUGCUAAUGGAGAUAUUUAUGAAGGAGAAUGGCGUGAAGAUAAGUAUUGUGGCAAAGGAAUGCUACGAUUAGCCAAUGAAAAUCGCUAUGAAGGUUCCUGGAAAGGAGGAAAGAAGCAUGGCCCUGGAAAGUUUUAUUACCUUGACAAAGGCCAACUGUAUGAAGGAAUAUGGGUAGAAGAUAUUCCAAAGUGUGGAUCUAUGGUGGAUUUUGGACGUGUAGAAGCACCGUACCCAACAAAAUAUCCUAUUCCAGAGGUAAAAGUGGCAGACCCUGAAGGCAUUCUGAAAGCAGCUCGAACAACAUUUCUUAAAAAGGAAAAAUGACAGUUUUUUGUGUGCUUUUGCUAGGAAAAUCAUGUGCCAAUUGUAUUAAUGCAACCAGGUCCAAAAGUUAGAUACAAAUUUGCUUUCAAGGAGGAGCACAGAUAGUCUGCAAAUGUCAUCCAGACUCCUACAGUUUAUUGCUUUACUAGGGGACAAGAAAAUGUAAAAACCUAUACAUUAGUCACUCUUCAUAAACAAUACAAAAGGCCAUAGGAAAGAGUAUCCAAGGCUACAAUACAACCCAGAUCACAAAAAGUUUAAAGGCUUUUUUACUAACUUUUCACAAACCUUUUGUCAUAGACAUAUAAAGAGUUUACAUGAGUGGGAGUCUGGGCACUAAGAUCCCCACUGAUCCCAAAAAUGAGCAAUAUGCAUGCACUUCUCUCCCCUGAUUCUAGGGAUUGGUGGGGUCUGAGUGCUCAGACCCCCACCGAUGUAAUCUUUUGAUAUGUAUCUAUGACAAAAGUUUUGUGAAAAGUUA